UACCAAAAAAAAAAAAAAUAAAAACAACAAAAAAAUAUUCAAAUAAUAUUAGGCAAAAGUUUAAAGAUCGACGAAGAGGAAGGAGAAGAGCGAGCGAGCAGCAGAAGAAGGGCGGAGGAGCAACAACAAAAGAAAGAGUUCUCGAAUUAAUCCCGGGGGAAUACCGGCCUACAAGGAUCGCCGCUGUCCUUCCUGUCAGUCGUCAGUCAGUACGUCCCCAAAAGAAAAAAACCAAACAAACUUUUUUAUAUCUUUUUGUAUAUGUGUGUGAGAGUGUGUUGAGUGAUCGUAAUAUAUAUAUAUAUCUAAGAUAUAUAGCAUAUGAGCCCCCCAGAAGAAUCGUCAGUUUGAGAGAUCACUUUUUUCCAACUUUUUCUGAGAAUUUUCACAAGCUCAAAGCCAAGGUUAAGACCUGCAGCUCAAGUUAGAUCUUAGAAAAAGGUAGAGAAAAAUACAUUCCAAGUCGAUCCAGGAAAACCAAAUUCAGAGCGUAUUAACACAAAAGUCUGCUGGCAGCAAUCAACUUUAAGCCAAAAAAAUUAACCAAAAAAAAAUCGUUAAUACACAAAAACCUAAGAAAACCGCCUCUCAACACUAUCAUCACAAUUUUCCAAUGUUUCAUUUUUGUGUUUUUGACUGAUACAAAAGUUAAAACUAAAAAGAAAACUAAAAUAAAAGCUACAAAAGACCAAACAUUCGUUAAGAAAAAGCAAUUCUCCCACACCAACACCGCUGCUAACUAUAUUAACAAUAAUAAUAAUAAUAAUUAUAAACAAAAAACUAAAAAGUAAUUCAUUUUUAUUCAAAAACAUCAAUCUGAUUUGAGUAAAUGUGUGUGCUAGCUAGAAUCAUAAAUAUAUAGUUGGAUAUAUAUAUAUAUAUAUAUAUAGUUGGAUAACAUUUGAUUACCUACGUCGGUGAGUGUCUAGCCAAUCAAUCUAUAUAGCCUAUAGGAAUAUACCACAAGGUUUUAUACUGAAUUUAUAAAGUUUUGGGUAAGGGCGCAGUGCGCAUCGAAAGGCCCCAUCAAAAGCAUCAACACCAAAAAACAAAACUCAAUAUAUAUUAACUAAAAAAAGGAAAACGGAAAAUACCAUAAGCAAGUGUUUUUUUGUCGCAAAAUAUAUAAAUAAAUUUACAUAUUUACACAUAAACGACCGAAGUUAAACACAAAAAGCAAAGUAAUAUUAAAAUAAAGACUUGAAUUUCUCAAAGAAAUUAAUAUUUAUACAAAGGACAAGCGAGAGGGCAUAGAAAAGGACAACGGGAAAGAUUCAAAACGGACUUCCAACGAUUUCAAAAUACGACGAAAUAUUUUUUAAUAAGCAAGGACCCAGCAAAACAAAAAACUAUGAUAACAAAAACUAUCAUGCAAAUCGGUUAACAAACAAAAUAUUUGCCAAAUCUAUGUAUGAAUCAAAAAACUAACAAAAAAAAUAAACCAAAAAAUCGAACGACGAGCUACAAGAAUUUAUACUAAAAAAAAAAAACCAAAAGUAAGGAAAUAUUCAAAUUGCAGAGGAAGGAAAAGUGCAAAGGCGGAUUUAAGGGAAAACCGACGGGGGAAAAAUCAAGAGAUCGACAGAGAUCAGCUGUAAAGUGAUAUUUUAUAAAAACCGAAAAUAUCAGUUAAGGACAACGACUUAUAAGAUUGAGUGAAAACGAGCGAGCAAUCGAACAGCCAUCAUUUAUCAGAGCAAAGACAAGAGGAUCACCGGAAAAGUGGUAGAUUUUUUAAACUGCAAGAAGAAGACAAAGACGAAGAAGAAGAAGAGCUAACAAAAGUCAAGAAGAGCAAAGAAUAACGAGAAGAAGGCAAAGAAAAACCAAACACCACCAAAUAAAACCAACUACUAUUAGUUUAAAGCAAAAAUAAACGAAUAAUCAUAUUCAAGCGGUAUAUAUAUAUACACAAGGAUAAAGGAUAAAGGAUAAAGGAUAAAGAAUAAAGGAUAACGGAUAGCAGAUAACGGAUAACACAACUAUAUACGAUAUAUGAAUGUAUAUUUCGAAAACCAAAGCUAAGUUCCAGUCAAAGAAAGAAAAACCAAAAACCAGCGCAAAUUUAGUAAAAGUAUAAAAAAAAACCAAGAAAAAACCAAAUUAUUGCUAUCUUUUUGCAUUUUUGCAAUUUUAUAAAAAAAAAGAUAAACAAAAGAAAACGAAAAAGAAUACCAAAAACAACAACAAAAACUACAACUAAAGAUCAUAAUAAUCUUUGAUCUUUAAAAUUUGGAGAACACAAAAAAGAAAGUAAAAAACAUUUAGCAAAAUUUACUCUUUUAUCUAAAACGAAAAAAAACAAAAACUAUAAAAACUAUAUAUAAAAAAUAAAAACACAAAUCAAAGUAAAAACUAAUUCAAGCAUUAAUUCAAUUUUAAACGUUUUAGACAGAGAACGACGCUCUCAACUUAACUUAAAAAGCAAAUACAUUUUUUUUCGCGAUCGUAGUUGAUCUAAAACCCCUCCUCCUCUCCCCCCAAAAACUACUAUAAACCAAAAUAAAAUCCAACGGGAAAAAAGGCAAAAUUCCAAUCUUCUUCACACGAGGUACUUUUGUGCAAAGCGCAAAGGAAACCCCAUUAAAAAAAUAAAUAACUUUUAAGCGAAAAUCAACCAAGCAGUGAGAUUAAAUACUAACCAAAAAUAAAAACCAAAAUCAGUACACGGAUUUAUAAAUCAGAAUCAGAAUCAGAAUCAAGAUGACCAACGCCAUGGACAUAGUGAAGAACGGCAGUGCCAAUGGCUCCGUUGAUGGCAGCAAUGAUGAGUCGCGCACCAAUUUGAUCGUCAACUAUCUACCGCAAACCAUGACGCAGGAGGAGAUGCGAUCGCUCUUCUCCAGCAUCGGUGAGCUCGAGAGUUGCAAACUGGUGCGUGAUAAAGUCUCAGGUAAUUUGGUCUUGCCAGCAUCGUUGACCGCUCUCAACCCGGCACUGCAGCAAGGUCAAAGUCUGGGCUAUGGCUUUGUUAAUUACGUAAGGGCCGAGGAUGCUGAGAAGGCUGUGAACACCCUGAACGGUCUGCGUUUGCAGAAUAAGGUUAUUAAAGUAUCAUAUGCCCGUCCAAGCUCAGAAUCUAUUAAGGGUGCUAAUUUAUAUGUAUCGGGUCUUCCGAAAAAUCUAUCACAACCAGACUUGGAGGGGAUGUUUGCUUCGUUCGGCAAAAUAAUUACAUCUCGUAUACUCUGUGAUAAUAUUUCUGGUCUAUCGAAGGGCGUCGGUUUUAUACGUUUCGAUCAGCGCAACGAAGCCGAGCGGGCCAUCCAGGAGCUGAAUGGCAAGACUCCAAAGGGAUAUGCUGAGCCGAUUACCGUCAAGUUUGCCAAUAAUCCCAGUAAUAGCGCCAAGGCUCAGAUAGCCCCGCCCCUAACCGCCUACCUAACUCCACAGGCGGCAGCGGCCACUCGCCGUUUGGCCGGAGCUCUACCCUCAGCUGGCCGCAUAAGGUACUCACCAUUGGCUGGCGAUCUAUUGGCCAACUCAAUCUUGCCGGGAAAUGCAAUGACUGGUUCGGGCUGGUGUAUAUUCGUCUAUAAUCUGGCACCGGAGACCGAGGAGAAUGUUCUGUGGCAGCUAUUUGGUCCAUUUGGUGCCGUUCAGUCGGUAAAAGUAAUCCGUGAUCUGCAGACUAGCAAGUGCAAGGGUUUCGGAUUCGUGACCAUGACCAACUAUGAUGAAGCCGUGGUGGCCAUACAAUCGCUGAACGGCUAUACACUGGGCAAUCGGGUGCUUCAGGUCAGCUUUAAGACUAACAAGACCAAAACCACUUAGGCGAACCCGCCAAUCUGGACUAGACCUUUCCAAUACUCCACGAUCUGUUUGAUUUGACAAAAAAAAAACGAAAAAAAAGAAGAACAACAACACACCUAGACUAUAGAUUGAUCUGAUGAUGUGAUCUUUAAUGAUCUAUGAUAUGAUAUGAUAUGAGAGACAAUGACAGUGUAGUCGAAAUUGCGAAAAGAGAAAACAUUAGCGCCAUCUAUCAUUUGAUUUGUACGCUAAACGAAAUUAUUAUGAUUGUAAUUCUAAUUCUAAUGAAAUCUUAGUGAAAAUUGAUUUGUUUCUAUUUCCAUCUGUAUUUAAUUUAUUAAACUAAAAACCAAAAACAAAGCUUGAAUGAGGCAACCAAAAAACCCAACACAGAAACUAAGGCAAACUUUAGACAAAGGAAAGAAGGGAAAAAAAGAGAACGAAGUGCAAGACAACUGUCUAUAAAAUGACAAAUGAGAAAGAAAGAAGGCAAGCAAACGAAGGAAGGAAGUUAAAAGAAAAGAAACAAAAGAAAAACGAGAAAAAAUGGAAAAUACCAAAAUAAAAAACUGCAAAAAAUGAUCUAAGUCGCAAUAUAUAGUAACUAUUCUUUUUUUUUUUUUAAAUUAUUAUUAUUAAUUAAAUAAAACUUAUGUAUAUGUAAUAAUUCAAUUCGAUUUGUAUUUAAAUUAAAACCAACAUAAAAACAAAAACGAAAAGAAAAGAAAAGGAAACAAAGUAUUUAAACAAGCUAACCAAAUGAUUUAAUGUCUAUUGAUUUAAGAUUAACCCACAAAUAUAACACACACACUCUCUCUCUCUCAGCUUACCUAAGUACUCUUACUUACUUACUUAUUAUAAUGGAUAUGCAUAAAUAUAUUGUAUUGUCAUAUGUA